UAAAUAAAUCUCUAUUCUCGGGCUCUUUGUUCGCUACUUUUAGACCCAUCGAAUCAGCUCAAAUCAAGCAUAACAAGCCAUGAAGGGCAACACCAUGAACAAUCUCCAGCCCUUCAUCACCUUCCUCCUCGGCGCCGCCGCCGCCACCGUCUUCAUCCUCUUCUUCGUCUCCUCGAACGCCGGCGAAAGAUCAUUCGAAAUAUUAGCUCUGAGAAACGGAACCCAGCGCGCAGAAUUUUCCAGUGAGGAAGAGGCUGCAGGUAAUAUCAGUGUUGCUAGUUCCCUUGAGGAGGUGCAGGUUGUUGCUAAUGGAACAAAACUCAUGGCUCCUAAAGAAGAAGAACAACAACAACAACAAGAUAAUAAAGAUGAUGCAGCUUCUUCUGAUGAGCAAGAGCUAGUAGGGAUAUUAAGAGCAGCAGCAAUGGACGGCGACACGGUCAUAAUGACUUCGUUAAACGAAGCAUGGGCUGCGCCCGGUUCGCUGCUCGAUCUGUUCCUGGAGAGCUUCCACGUGGGGGAACAGAUCGGGCACCUUCUGAACCAUCUUGUCAUCGUCGCCGUCGAUCCGGAGGCGCUGGCGCGGUGCAAAUCGGUGCAUCCGUACUGCUACUACCUCAGGGUCGGCGACGCGGGCGCGGAUUUCACUAAAGAGAAGGUCUUUAUGAGCAAAGAUUACCUUGACAUGAUGUGGAGCAGGAACAGGUUCCAGCAGAAGAUUCUGGAGUUAGGCUACAACUUUCUUUUCACGGAUGUGGACAUUCUGUGGUUCCGAAAUCCCUUUCGGCACAUCUCGCUUUUCGCGCACAUAACGUUUUCGAGUGAUUUAUAUAGGGGGAAUCCGGAUGAUCUAGGGAACUUUCCGAAUGGCGGAUUUCUCUACGUGAAAUCGAGCAACAGAACAAUCGAGUUCUACAAGAACUGGUACUUGGUUAGGGAUAGGUGGCCCGGCGCAAAUGAGCAGUGGGUGUUCAACCAGAUCAAGCACAAUUUCUCGGCCGAAUACGGAGUGAACAUUCAGUUCAUCGACACCGCGAUUUGCAGCGGGUUUUGUAGCCUGGGGAAGGAUUUGAACCGGAUCUGCACCGUGCAUGCGAACUGCUGUGUCGGUCUUGGGAAUAAGCUUUACGAUCUGAGAAACCUUAUAAGCGAUUGGAAAAAUUACACCGCAUUGCCGUGGGAGGAGAAGAUGAAGGGGUGGUUUUCGUGGCGAGUUCCCGGUAGAUGUAUUCAUUGAACAAAAAACAAAAACAACCAAAAAAAAAAAAACAUCAGAGAAAGAUUUUUGUUGCUUUUUUAGCUUAAUUUGUUUGGUUUAUACUAUAUUUCAAUUUGUGUGACAACAGAAAUAAAGGAGAGAAGGGCCUAAGAUAUAUAUAGAUGAUUCUUUUUUCAAUAUUUUUAGCAAUUACUUUGAUACUUGUGUAUUUCUUUUUAUUUUUUUGGCAUAAAACUGUAUUAUUUGUACAAUUAUUCAGUGAGAAAUUUUUAAUAUCUUCCAGAGGAA